UUGUAACUAGGUGGGCUUAUGCUAUACACGGUAUUCUUGAAGUAAAUGUUUGCCCCAGCUUACGGAUGUGGUCAUGGAAGCAUAUUCGGGAACAUAGACAAAAACUGAAGCAAUAUAAAGAACUGUACAAAAAAAAGUUAAUAAAUAAGAAACCACCUGGUGAAAUUCUCAUGUCUUUAGAGGAGCUGGAAAAAGCCUUGGAUGUCUUUAAUAUAACUAUAGCUAGACAACAGGCAGAAGUUGAGUUAAAGAAAACUGGAUACAAGAUUUAUAAAGAAGGAAUAAUUGAUCCAGAGGAUAAAAAAGGAUGGUUUAACUGGCUGUGGACUUGGUCAGAAUCACAUACAAAAGAACAACCAGAUGUUAAACCUGGAAUUCUGGAAGAAAUGUUGACACUUGAAGAAAAGGCUUUACUCUAUGAAGCAAUUGGCUAUAGUGAAACAGCAGUUGAUCCAACCUUGCCCAAAACAUUUGAAGCCAUGAAGUUUUUUGUUCACUUGAAAAGUAUGUCCAUCGUUCUAAGGGAAAAUAACCAAAAACCUGAGCUGAUACACAUUGUAGUAGAAGAAUUUAGCACUUUAAUUGUGCAAAGACCAGGAGCACAAGCAAUCAA